AGUAAGAAUGUGAGUUUCGAUUUGGAUCAACAGCAGCAACAACAGCAGCAGCAGCAGCAGCAGCAGCAGCAACAGCAGCAUCACUACCAACAGCAGCAGCAGCAGCAGCAGCAGGAUCAGCAAUCGGAUUCGGAUGCCACAGUGUCCAUUAAUCAGAACCACCAACACCACCAGCACCACCACCCGCCACCCAUCGAUGCACGUGCCUAUGCCAUGGCCUCCCUGGCCGCCGCCCUUGAGAUGCAGAAUACGUCGAAUCCCCACCAGCCGAACGCCGCCCGCGAUGCCGCCGACGAGGAGGUGGAGCUAUAUGCCAGUUUCGAUAAUGCGCCCAGCACCAGUCGCGUGGCCGCCCAAAUGCAGGCCGCCAAGGAGGCGCGCCGCAAGCGUUGGGCGGCCGAUGGGGCCAGCGGGAGCAGCGGGGACGGCGGUUGCGCCAGCGGCAGCAGCGGAAGCGGGCGGCGUUACUAAAUGCAUGGAUGCAUGUGUUCCCGUGUGACUGAAACUGGUUUGAAACUUCGUAGAAAUUCGCCAUUACCUAAAUGGAAAAUUUAAAAUUCGUACUACAUUUUUAAUUCGUAACGAAAUAAGUUGGAAGAAAUUUUUGAAAAUUUUUGAAAUUGUAAACGAUUCGUAACGAAAUAAGUUGCAAGAAAUUUUGGAAAAUAUGUAGUAAAUUGUACAGAAUUUUGAGUGGCGAAUUUCUAAAAUUUUACCAUAAUAAUGAUUUCAUUAUGAUUGUGGCGAGUGAUUCUGAUUCUGAUUUUGAGCAGUGAUUGUAAAAAUACCGAUUUUAUUUACAUAACAAAUAAACUCAAUUAAGUUCAAGGCAGUUCGCUUAGCUCAAUUCUGUUUAAAGCUCAAUGCUUUAAUUCCAUUGAAUAGGAAUUGUUCAUAUGUAGUAUUAUAAAGUGUCUCUUUAAGAUGGAUGGCUUGAUCAAUCAUUCUUUUACAAAUGCUCCGAAUUUCAAGAAUUUUUCGAUAAAUGGGGUAUACUUUCUUUAAAAAAAAGUUCCUUACAUUUGAUAAAAAUAUUUUCUAGUUAGUAAUUCAUAGAGAAUAUUUCUAAACUCAAUGUUCAUAUCUAUACAUUUAGAUAGGCUAGUGAAUUUGGGGUAUGAUUGAAGCUUUUAAAUAUACUUUUCAUCAAUUUGCGACCAUGACUGUUGUGUGAGUGUGUGUGAGUGGCCUUGAGUGUGUGUGUGUGUGUCCGUCUAACUCAUCGCUCGAAAAGACGGCCGAAGCAUCGAACCAUCCAAAUCGAAACUGACAUUGUUAACUCUUACAUUCACCCCGGAAUGACAAGAGCCCCCCAAUUUUUUUGGGGGAUACACUGAGAGAGAGAGCGGAGGGAGACGGCGGCCCAAACCCCACCCCCUCCCGCCACCCUCUACACAAAAGAUAACGGUGGAGGACCCAGGCAAAAGCAUAAGCAUUUUCUACAAGUAUUACCCAACAUAAUAUAUAUAUGUACGAGUAUGAGUAUACAUACAUAUAUAGUACGUGUACGUCGUGCAAGAUUGUCCUAGGAAGGUAUGUAGAACUAGUCAGUUAAGGAACCACUGUGGCAUUCGAUUUUUGAUACCCACACAAUCGAGAAUAAACAUGAAAAAAAAAACAACAAAAAAAUACAGCAUGGAAAAACAUUAGCAAAACAAAACAAAAAAAAGGGAAAAAACAGAAAAGAAAAUAAAAACAAACGCUUACUGAUGUAAAACAAAGACUUAAAACUAAAGAAAAAACAAAAGGAAACCAAAUGAAUAAAAUAUAAAAGAAAUUUUUUUAAUCAAUGUUAUUGGACAAAUGUAAGCUGAACAAAUAAAUCCCUUAACCCCCACCCAUUCCCAUUGUAAACCAAUUUCCAUUAGCCUCGAUAAGAACGAGUUACCAGAAGAACUCAAUUUACGAUCUAAGAAUAUACAUAAUAUACAUACAUACAUACUAUAUGAUGUACUUAAAUGUUCAAAAGAAUUGCAAGCAUAAUCUAACUGUUUGAACGCUUUUCGUUUGGGUUUUUUGUAUUGUCCGUUAAUUUGUUACUAACAAAAGCCAAGAAAGAAUAUUAUAGAUAAGGCUACAUCUACAUCUACAUCUAACAGUCAACCAGUCAACCAGUCAAGUUGGCUGCACAUCCUGUACAUUUAAUACCAUUUAAUACAGGUUAGUAUAGUUAAUGCUAAACUGAAAAAUCAACAACACUUGUGUUCAUGCAAGUGAAAACAGAGAGAGUCCAGAGAACCAGAAAACCGAUACAUAAGUGCAAUAUCUAAGUGUAUGUUUGUAUAACCAAUAAAAUAAUUGAUAACUGAUAACAAGCAGCCAAAGGGGAUUUACUUCCCACAGACUGGCAACUGAAGUCACAGAAAAUCCCAGAAAACCCCAGAAAACGCGAAGAUUACUUCAACUAAAGGCUACAAGGCGCCAAAACCAACAAGCAAAUAAUUGAAUAAAUGGAAAAAAACCUAAUGUUACCAAUUAAAUAAUUUGUCAGCAGCAUAGACCUACUUGAGGAAAACUGGAAGAACCCUGCAGAUAAUAUAGCCAUCAAGUGAUCAAGUAGUGAACAGAUAAGCCCAUAGAAAAUCGUUUUCCACCUUCCCUUUGGAAAUCAGUUGACCCAAUUAAUGUAUAUGUAUCCUCCAAAUACCGAGUUUUGAAACCUCUAAUAGAGCAACAACCAUUCGUUUCUGAAUCUGAAUAUAAUCCUACGCGAAUUCUUCAGUUGCUAAAAAACACAGAUUUUCGAUCAAUAAAGUAAAGAAGGCAAAUUCUGAUGCAACAAGAAAACUAAAUGUAAACGGCAGCAUUUCCAAAAGGGUUUCACUUAAAUGUUCAAAAACGCAUAUAUCAAAAACUCAAUGUCUAACUGUACAACCAAGUUUAUCAAGUGUCUGGCAGGUCAUACAUACAUAUGUAUGUAAGCAUAAGAUUAAGCAAUAACAAUAUUUAAAAACAGAAAAAAAAACAGAAAACUAACAAGAAAAGCAAAUGGAAAUCAAUAAUUAAACGCUUUCAGUGUGCAAAACCCGAAUAACUAAAUAAUAAAUAAAUGUUAAAUAACCAAAACAAAACUAUACACUUAAAGCUAGAACUGGCAAACUAAUGAAUUUGAAAGAUAGUGACAGGCAAAAGUUUUGGGUGCCUGUCUCUUGAAAAACUUGGAUUGCAACAGAAACGAGCAAAUAUAAUGCAACAAAAUAGAUAAAAAAUAAAAGGAAAACUCUUUGAAGUAUUUUGAGGCAGAGAAAAUGGCCGAGUGCCAUUCAAUUCAAAAGUUAGUUAUACAAAUGUUGUAUGUUGUUUUUUUUUUUUUUUGUUGAUCAAUCUACGAACAUAAACAAAUAGCAACAGAUUUAAAUAGACAUAAAGCAUAGCUGUAUUUUUACCGUCGCUCUAUCGACAUCAAAUAUACUGUUUGAACUGAAUGUACUCAUCUGAUUAAUAUGAAUGUAUUUACCGCAGAUAUCCAAAUAAACAAUAAGUGCUGUUUCUAUAUGUUCGGCCCGAUCGCCACCGCCCACCGCCCCCCCGCCUCCCCUCUGCCGUAAUUCACCCACCCAACCACCGGAUGGCAGAGUGGUGCAGGGUGGUGCAGGGUGGUGCAGGGUGGUGCGAAACGGGCUCACUUUUGAUAGCAGAUUGAAUCAGGUAGGAAAUCAAAACCAACAAAAAGGAAAUAAAAAAUAUAUUAAAAAAUAAUAAAAAAUUAAAAACAAAUUGAACCACCCACUUGGUGUGUAAAGCCGAGCUGACUCCUUUUGAGCUGACGAUCUACAUUUACAAUAUACCAAAUGCAAAUGAAAACCACAUAAGACAUUUGUUUAAUCGAAAAACCAAACUCAAUUGAAUGCGGAAUAAAGCUAAAUAAAUGUUGUAAUUGCCACAGCCAAGCAUAACAGAAAAAAAUUCAAUAAAAACUU